GUUAUGUAAAAGUCCGGACCACAUUUGGUAGUCCUAUGAACAUUGUCCCCUCUCUUCGAUGUUCCCCAAAAAUCAAAUUACUAUCCGAUUAAACUAGGGUUUUCACUCCAUUUUUCAUUUCAAUUUCAUCCCCAAUUCACAUCAAUUUCUCCACCUUUUAUCACCUUUCUUCUCAAUUAGUCCCCCUUAGAUCCAACCUAGCUCAUAAACACACACACAGAGUUGUUUACAUUCACAUACAUAUAGAAAAUUCACCAUGUUUUGGAAACUCACUUCUCUAUCUGCUUCAUCACCUUUGGAGUCAUUGCUAGACAAGGAGAAUUUUACUUUGGAAGAGCUUCUUGACGAGGAUGAUAUUAUUCAAGAAUGCAAAGCUUUGAAUAGCCGUCUUAUAAAUUUUCUGCGAGAUAGAGCUCAGGUGGAACAGCUAUUGCAUUAUAUUGUGGAUGAGCCUCCAGAGGAUGCUGAGAGCAGACGUAGUUUAAAGUUUCCCUUUGUUGCCUGUGAGAUAAUUUCAUGUGAGAUCGAUGUUAUUCUUAAAACUUUGGUGGAAGAGGAAGGGUUAAUGGAUUUACUUUUCUCCUUCCUGGAACCGAUGCAUCCUCAUAGCACCGUUCUCGCAGGAUAUUUCAGCAAGGUUGUGGUUUGUCUCAUGUCGCGGAAGACGGUCCAGCUUAUGACUUAUGUUCAAUCCCACCAGAAGGUCUUUGGCCAGCUAGUUGAUUUAAUAGGUAUCAAAUCCAUUAUGGAGGUGAUGGUGCGUCUUGUAGGUGUUGAUGAUCACAUGUAUCCCAAUUCUUUGGAUGUGAUGCAGUGGCUUGCGAGUAGCGAUUUGCUAGAGAUGAUUGUUAAUAAACUGAGUCCAUCAAGUCCUCCUGAAGUACAUGCUAAUGCAGCUGAAACUUUAUGUGCUGUUACUCGGAAUGCAACAUCACCUUUGGCUAUUAAACUGUCUAGUGUAAGUUUUGUUUCUAGAAUAUUUGAUCAUGCACUGGAGGAGUCUCAUUCAAAAUCAAGCCUUGUCCAUUCAUUGUCUAUCUGUAUCUCCUUAUUGGAUCCCCAAAGAUCAACACCUCCCAUGAAUUAUUCCUUCCAGAGUCAACCUAUGCAAGAGUCAAAUGUACAUGUCAGUUCUGAAACUGUUGACGCAAUGCUGCCAAAACUCGGUGACUUGCUGAAGCUACUGAAUGUGUCAUAUGAUGAAAAGGUUUUGCCUACAACCUAUGGUGAGCUGAAACCUCCGCUCGGCAAGUACCGCUUAAAGAUUGUGGAGUUUAUUGCUCUGCUGCUGAAAACUGGAAAUGAAAUUGCAGAGAAGGAAUUAGUUAGAUCAGGAACAAUUAAAAGAGUCAUCGAUCUCUUUUUCGAGUACCCUUUUAACAAUGCUUUGCAUCAUCAGGUAGAAAGCAUCAUAUGUUCAUGCUUAGAAAGCACAAGCACAACUAUUCUCAAUAAUCUUCUACAAGAGUGUGGUUUGGUUUCUAAAAUCCUGGAAGCAGCUAAAAGUUCUACCAUUUUAAGUGAUCCGAGCAAGCCGACGUUACCUGCUCCUGGAAAACGUGCACCUCGAAUGGGAAACCUGGGGCACAUCACGCGUAUUUCCAAUAAGCUUGUGCAAUUGGGAAACACAGAUAGCCGCAUUAAGGUGCAUCUUGAGGGAAACAGCGAAUGGAGUGAUUGGCAGUCUACAGCUUUGCAGGAGCGUAAUGUGGUCGAGAAUGUUUACCGUUGGGCUUGUGGACGGCCUACUGCUCUGCAUGAUAGGAUAAGGGAUAGUGAUGAUGAAGAUGUUCAUGACAGGGAUUAUGAUGUAGCAGCUCUAGCAAAUAACUUCAAUGCAGCAUUUAGAUACGGAAAUUUCGAUAAUGAUGAUGCUGAGGAUGGCCAUGGAACUCUUGAUCACGAUGAUGAGGAGACUUACUUUGAUGAUGAUUCUGGUGAGGUGGUGAUAUCAUCCUUAAGACAGGGUGAUGAUCAAGGAAGUUUGUUUACAAACUCCAACUGGUUUGCUUUCCAAGAUGAUAGAGUAGGUGAUGCAGCUUUGAGCACCUCGCCAAAUGAGAUUAUGGAUGAAAUCAACUUGAAUGCAUAUAGUGGUGGUAGCAGCAGCGAUGAUGAGGUGGUGGUUGGAGAGGAUGAUGAGUUGGCUGAAGGCAUCCGCCCUGCUUUUAUUAAAUCUGAUUUCAGUGACAUAAACAAUAAUGUCAAUAAAAAUGCUUCAAAGAAUGCUGCUGACGUGCAUUUUCAGGAGGAGAAGCCUAGUUCCUCUGCUGAUACAAGCAUUUUCAGCUUAGAGACAACAGACAAUGAUAAUACAUUUGGAAAUAAGCCGGUCAGUGGAUCAAGUAUAAACCCUUUUGAAGACUAUACCAAAUCAAGUGUUGAUACUGCCAGUCCAGCUGAUGUCGUUUUGGCACCUGUUAGUCACAGAGCGAGCGGAGGAUCUCUUCCAAACAGCAGCUCAAUUCCCACAGUUUCUAGUGAAGGAUCUGAUUCGAGCCAAAGGGCUCGUCCUCUGUUCAAUGAUGAUGUUGAAACUGUUGGGGUUGAGUUAGAGGGCACAAAGAAGGCAAUGGAUCAGGCUCUUAAGGAUGGAAUUGUUGAUGAAGCAGGGCCAUUGAAGAGGAACACUAGCUCAAAACAGCCGGAGAAGGAAAGUGCAGAUGAAAAAGGUGCUGGACCGGAUGAGUUCAAUGACACAAACUACUGGAGAGUUGAGCAGGGGGUUGCAGUAUCAGAUUGAGAUGGCUAGUUGUGUCGAGUAAAUUCACUCCACAUACAAGGGAGGGACACCUACAUCCCUAUUGCCUUUCUCAGUUAAAACUUUACCUAACUUUUUCCCAACCCAGAUGAUAAAAAUUUGAUAAUGGUAAUAGGAGUUGAUAUGUUAGAAUUUAUAUGCAAUAGUUUGCACAAAGUAUAGAUUUUUUCAGUACUAGGUUAACUAGUCCUAGAAAGUAAUGUGUUUAAUUGUGAUUUUUUGUUGUGCUACUUGCUACAGGGGUUUAUGUAUUCAGUUUGAGACUGAUCUUUAGGUGUUUUCAUUUUGGCUUUUUCCUGUUUUAGACUAGUUUAUUUUUGUUAAAUAUGUGAAUUAUCUCGA